AUGAAUGGUAUAUGUGAUAAAUGCAACAAUCCUACGCUUGAGCCAACUGAUAAUACAGAUUCUGUUAAAUAUUUCCAAUGGAAGUCUGUUAUUGAAGAAAAAAUUGUAAAGGGCCAGAAUAAGAAGUUCAAGAUCACGAAAAAAGUUACAAUUUCAAGUACAGUCAAAGAAUUAGAAAUAUCUUUUAUUCAAGACAUUCCAGUUAUGAAAAAACAUUUAUACGGCAUUUAUAAAUACAACAAAUUGAAAAAAGAGUUGAAAGAAAAUUUAACUGAAGAAGAGAUUUUGAUACAGAUAGACUUUUCGGAGAAUUACACAAGCGUCUAUUAUAUACGGAACGUUGACAAUAUUUUACAAUCUAAAUCUUUUGCUACCGUAAGCGAAAACUUGGAUCAUCAAGCUCAUGCGAUAUGGGCUCACAUGAAACCGAUCCUACGAACGGUAUUGGAAAAAAAAGAUAUUAACGCCCUUCAUAUCUACUCUGAUGGUCCAACAUCCCAAUAUCGCAAUCGAACUAAUAUACAUCUCUGGUUACAAACAUUAAUAACUGAAUUCAAGCAGAUAACCAAAUCUUCUUGGACGUACAGUGAACCUGGGCAUGGCAAAGGACCUAUGGAUGGCGUAGGUGGUGCUCUUAAACGGAUUGCCGACAGGCAUGUUUUAAUGGGACGAGAUAUUCAAACAGCCUCAGACUUACUAAAUUUAUUCACGGAUUCUACUAUUUUAGUAAAAGAGAUUCCUGAUGAAGACAUUUCUAGCGCAAAAGAUUUAGUUCCGAAAACAUUAGAUGCUAUACCAGGUAUCAUGAAUAUUACAAGGAUUACAUGGCAAAGAGGACCAGACGUUACAAUCAAACUGUACCGACACGAACGUUUUGAAAAGCAACUAAAAAUGUCUACAUUAUCUUGCAGCUUAUAUCCGAAGUUUGAACCAAUAAAUAUGGGAAUACUGUCAAGGAAGUCUCCUCAACCGAACGAGUCGAUGGAUAUACAAGAUCUACAGAAAUCAAAGAAACGGAGUAUCUAUAAAAACAUUUAUUAUUCAUCAUCAUCCGAUGAUGAUGAUUUAAUGUCGAUUUCUGUCCGUCAACAGACUGCGCAAAAGUCAGUUACUGUUGAAGCUGGUACAUCUUACAUUGAAGGCAAGGAAAACCUACACCCAAAUUUGAUAUCCCCUGGAACAUUUGUAUUAAUUAGAGUACCUACACAAAACAAAACUGUCAAUUACAGAUAUGUUGCCACCUGUAAGACAGGUGUCGAUAAAGAUGAUGGAGAAAUCCUAGUCACUUACUUAAAGUCGAAGAGACCUACACUGGACAGAAUGUUCGCUUCGACGUCACAAAGAAACAAUAAUGGUUUGCGGGCGUCUUACAAUAGCUCGUUACUUAUAGCAAAGUCCGGAAAACCGCAUACUAUCGGAGAGAAGUUAAUUUUGCCAGCCGUUGAAGAGGUUUUAAAAACUGUUUUACACAAACCUGCAUCUGAUAUCAUUAAAAGAAUUCCCUUAAGCAACAAUGCUGUUGAAAGACGUAUUGAUGAAAUGAGUUCUGAUAUUGAAAGCUUCUUAUGUAAUUAUUUACAAACGACCCAUUUCUCUAUACAACUGGACGAGUCAACUUUACCUGAUAAUGCAGCAUUAUUAUUGGCAUAUGUUCGUUUUAUUAUGAAUCAAGAAAUCUACGAAGAACUGCUCUUCGCAAGAACUUUGAUAACCGACACUAAAGGUGAAUCAAUAUUUCAUGUUUUGAAGGAUUACUUCAUUGGAAAAGCAAUUCCUUUAUCAAAUAUAAUAUCAGUAGCUACAGAUGGAGCACCUGCCAUGCUUCAGAGGAGAGGCAAAGAACUAGCAGAAAUGAUUUCUGAUACAAAAGCGUUUAUCAAAAAGCUUGAGUUUUGGGAACAAAACUAA